AGAAAUUCUGUUUCUGACCCUCCUGGUUUUAAUCACUUUUUAUAAUUACCAAGUAAUAAGUGUGCCUACAGAAAUCGUCGAUUAAUCGUAUUUUGGAAUGUGUCACAUUUUAAAGAAAGGACAAAAAAUAAAAUCCAAACAGUAUUGAAAAAAUACAUGUCCGAGUGGAAAAUUUACUCCAACAUUUCAUAUUCCCAAUUUGAAGUUUUUAUAAUGUUUGCCAAAAUUCAUAACUUUCUUAUUCUUGAUAUAUAUUUUUAUUUACUCUUUUUCAUUUAUUUAUAAAUAUCCCCAUAUAAAAUAUGCUUUAUGGCAUUGUAAUAUACAUACAUAUUGUAAAAUAUCAUCUGAUAUUUCCAUUUGUUUUUAUGUGAGGGAUCCUUAAUGUUCGUAUUUCUCAGUGACUGUAAACAAUAAGAUGAAUAUUUAGGGUUUAAGGGCUGAUUUCACAAACAAUCAAGGCAACCAAAUGGAUUGGAAACAGAUCAUUUUGCCUCAUUUUAAAUGGGAAAAUGCAGUGUUCAAUAAGGUAUAAGACUUGACUGCAUCCUGAGCACCUGUGUAUUGUGUAAUUGUGUAUUACCUAAGCAAAUGGAAGGAACGGAUGAUACACCUUGUGAAAAUCACACAACAGAAGAAAACAUGAGACCCCCUGAGCAUAAUACAUUUUAUACAAGUAUAGAUAGUAUGCCGGAAAUUAAGCCAAGGCGAAAAUCUAUCCCUUUUGUUAGUGAUCUAAUCAAGCCGCCUAAACAGUCCAUCUGCUCUGUGGUGAAGGUCAUGAAGACAAUGGUUGCGUCAAAACGCAAUGCAGGAGUUCCAUCAGCCAUGGUUGCUCGCCAGUCAUUAAAUGAUGAAGAAUUGAAAAUGCAUGUUUACAAGAAAACUCUGCAAGCCUUAAUCUAUCCCAUAUCCAGCACAACCCCCCAUAACUUUGUUGUCUGGACAGCAACAUCCCCUACAUAUUGUUUUGAAUGUGAGGGGUUGUUGUGGGGUUUAGCACGGCAGGGUGUUCGUUGCACAGAAUGUGGAGUGAAAUGCCAUGAAAAAUGCAAAGAUCUGCUUAAUGCAGAUUGCCUACAAAGGGCUGCUGAAAAAAGCUCCAAGCAUGGAGCUGAAGAUAAAACCCAUAAUAUAAUCAUGGCAAUGAAAGAUAGAAUGAAAGCACGCGAAAAGAAUAAACCUGAAAUAUUUGAGCUUAUCCGGCAAGUUUUUGGUGUUGAUAAGAAAUCACAUUCAGGUCAUAUGAAAGCUGUGAAACAGAGUGUGCUUGAUGGAACUUCGAAAUGGUCAGCUAAAAUUGCCAUUACGGUUAUUUGUGCUCAGGGCCUUAUAGGAAAAGACAAAACUGGCACUAGUGAUCCUUAUGUUACUGUGCAAGUAGGAAAAGUAAAGAAACGGACUAAGACAGUGCCUCAAGACCUAAAUCCUGUUUGGACUGAAAAAUUCUAUUUUGAAUGCCACAAUUCUUCAGACAGAAUCAAGGUCAGAGUUUGGGAUGAAGAUAAUGAUCUGAAAUCAAAACUGAGGCAAAAGCUGACCAGGGAAUCAGAUGAUUUCUUGGGACAGACAAUCAUUGAAGUUCGAACACUCAGUGGAGAAAUGGAUGUCUGGUAUAAUUUAGAAAAAAGAACGGAUAAAUCUGCUGUGUCCGGUGCCAUUCGCUUGCAUAUCAGUGUGGAAAUUAAGGGAGAAGAAAAAGUGGCACCGUAUCAUGUACAAUACACUUGCCUUCACGAGAACCUUUUCCAUUACCUAUGUGAACAAACUGGAGGAACUGUGAAAUUACCCGAUGCAAAAGGAGAUGAUGCUUGGAAAGUAUAUUAUGAUGAACCAUCACAAGAAAUUGUAGAUGAAUUUGCAAUGCGGUACGGCAUUGAAUCAAUAUAUCAAGCAAUGACUCAUUUUUCCUGUUUAUCGUGUAAGUAUAUGUGCCCUGGAGUGCCAGCUGUGAUGAGUACCCUUCUGGCAAACAUUAAUGCCUUCUAUGCACAUACUACAGCAACAACAGCUGUAUCAGCAAGUGAUAGAUUUGCAGCAUCGAAUUUUGGUAAAGAAAAAUUUGUAAAAUUAUUGGACCAAUUACACAACUCACUUCGAAUAGAUUUAUCCAUGUAUAGGAAUAAUUUCCCUGCUUCUGACCCAGCGAGAUUACAAGAUCUAAAAUCUACAGUCGACUUGCUCACAAGUAUAACAUUUUUUAGAAUGAAAGUCCAAGAGCUAACAAGUCCUCCUCGAGCAAGCACUGUUGUGAAAGAUUGUGUCAUAGCAUGCAUGAAAUCAACAUAUAAAUUCAUCUUCGACAACUGCUAUGUACUGUACCAACGAGAAUUUCAAGACGCUACUGAAAGCAAGGAUGAGGUCGAAGGUCAUAAGUCUAUGGAGUUUUGGCACAAGCUGAUCGCUCUCACCGUUUCCGUUAUUGAAGAAGACAAAAAUAGUUACACACCUGUAUUAAACCAAUUUCCCCAAGAUUUAAAUGUUGGACAAGUUAGUGCUGCUAAUAUGUGGAGUUCCCUGUCUCUCGAUUUGUGUGAAGCACUGGGGGAAGAUGAAGCUGAAAAACCAUGCAAGAGUUCUGAAUAUAUGAAUCUUCACUUUAAAGUGAAAUGGUUAUACACUAAAUAUGUUGCUGAUGUGCCUCAAUAUAAGGGAACCGUUCCAGAUUACCCAGCGUGGUUUGAGUCUUACGUCAUGCAGUGGCUAAAUGAAAAUGAUGUAGUAUCUAUGGAUUACUUAAGAGGUGCUUAUGAGAGAGACAAAAAAGACGGGUUCGUCAAAAGUUCUGAACAUGCUCUAUUCUCAACAUCAGUGGUUGAUAUUUUUACUCAAUUGAAUCAGUGUUUCGAUGUAAUUAAAAAAUUAGAAUGUCCCGAUCCAGAAAUCGUUAAACAUUAUAUGGCACGUUUUGCAAAAACAAUAAAUCAAGUUCUUCUGGCAUAUGCAGCAAUCGUUCAGAGAGACUUUGAGCAAUAUACGGGGCGCCAAAAAACGGCUUGUAUUCUAAUGAACAAUAUCCAACAACUAAGAGUCCAACUAGAGAAAGUAUUUGAGUCAAUGGGCGGAGAGAAGUUGGACACAGAAGCAGCAGACAUUCUCAAAGAGCUCCAGCAGAAACUCAAUGGAGUGCUGGACGAAUUAGCACAAAUUUUUGCAAAGAGUUUGCAACCACAAAUACAGCAAAGUAUUCAGGAAUUGGGGAAGUUGUUGUCGAAUGUCAAAGGCACUGGACAGGUCUCCCUAGCGCAGCCUAGCCAAAGAAGCAAUAUCCAAGGAGAAUCCGAUAUGAUUCUCAGACCCCUCAUGGAUCUACUUGACGGGAGUUUAUCGAUGUUCUCCCAAGCUUGUGAGAAGACGGUCUUAAAACGCUUACUGAAGGAACUGUGGAAGAUAGUUAUGCAUACCAUGGAAAAAACAGUUGUCCUUCCACCCUUAUCAGAUCCUAGACAAUUACUGCUUCUCCCCGGAAACGCCCAAGCCAAAAUUGAAGCUAUGUCCAGUGCCCUUCUAACUCAUGUAAGCCAAAUGCCAAAAGGUGUCCAGAUGAUCCAGGAUAUUUCCAAAGAGAUAGAGAAGAAUCUAACACCAAAGCAGUGUGCGGCGCUUGACUUGGCCCUGGAUACAAUAAAGAACUAUUUCCAUGCUGGCGGCCAAGGACUUAAGAAAGCCUUCCUGGACAAAAGUGCUGAACUUCAAUCAUUACGCUAUGCACUUUCAUUAUACACUCAAACAACUGAUACACUCAUUAAAACAUUCGUUAAUACCGAAACACAACAAGACCAACCUAGCUCUGAAGAUCCUGUUGGGGAAGUUUCUAUCCAAGUUGAUUUGUUUACACAUCCCGGAACUGGAGAACAUAAAGUCACUGUUAAGGUUGUUGCUUGCAAUGAUCUCAAAUGGCAGACGGCUAGUAUGUUCCGUCCGUUCGUUGAGGUACAUCUCAUUGGGCCCCACCUCAGUGAUAAAAAGAGAAAACAUUCUACUAAAUCAAAGAGCAACAACUGGUCGCCAAAGUUAAAUGAAACCUUUCAAUUUAUUAUUGGUAAUGAGGAUGAACCAGACGCUUAUGAACUCCAUAUCUGCGUCAAAGAUUAUUGUUUUGCCCGUGAAGAUCGCCAAAUCGGAGUAGCCGUCAUGCAACUGCGUGACAUCGUCGAACAAGGUAGCUGUGCAUGCUGGUGCGCCUUAGGUAAACGCCUCAAUCUCGAUGAAACAGGUUGGACUAUUCUCAGAAUUCUUUCUCAGAGAACUAACGAUGAAGUUGCUAAGGAAUUUGUUAAGCUGAAAUCUGAAUGCCGACACCAGGAAGAAGUAGGCUGAAAUUCAAACGCAUUUUUGAAGUGUUUUUUUCUCUCAGUUGUCACUUAAUAUCAGAUUCCUAAAAUAAGUUUAAAAAAAAAAGUAUGCCUAAUUUUUUAAAGAAACCCAUUAUUUCAUCCGCAUGGGCAUAUGGUUGAUUGUUGGUUUUUUUUUUGUUUGUUUUUAUAUAUAUACAUAUAUAUAUAUAUAAUCAUAUGCUCUUUUACGAUGAAAAGUUGUCUGGGGUAAAUAUGUGGAAAUUUUAAUUUUGCUGAUUACUACCUAUGAUAGGUAUUAAUUAACUUAAUAACGAUGAUUGUUUUACUUACUGUAUCUCAUUCAUCUCUAUUAUGUUGUGCUUUUCAGUCACUAAAAUUACCAUAAUACCCGGGUUCCUGAGAAGGAGGGUGUACUUUUAAGCAGAUAAAUAUUUUAUUGUUAAUUUCCUUUCCCCGCUCCACCCCCAUAGAGUUAAUUGUUCCAUGAGUUUCUCCAUUUAUUUAUAAUAAUUGGGCUAAUUUAUGAAGCGAUUUUUGUUAAAAAUUUAUAAAGAAGAGAAACAAAAAUGAAACAAAGAAAAAAAGAAAUAAUGAACGCAGAACUUCCAGUUAUAUCGUUAUAAAAUAAUAGUGAGUACAGUAAAUGAUUAUUAUUAUUAUUAUUAAUAUUUUUUUUUUUGCAUGUUACUUAACUUUAACCCUGAUUUUUUUUUAAAGUAUAAUUUGACAUAAAACUUUACUGCCAAAGUUGACUAAUAUUCGUUGAUAUGCUCAAAAUAAUGUUCUCCAUCUUUAUAAAAACAAAACACAAACCAAACCCCCAACAUACAAUUCCUGGCAGUGUGAUAUAUAUAUGCAGCUUUGUAUGAUUCUGAAUAAUACUAAUGGUAUUUCGUUAUUUAUUUCUCGGUUUUAAAAUUCCAACGUUAAAAUCGGUUAAAAAGUUUAGUGUGGGGGGAAAAGUGUUCCUUUAGAAACUUCAAAGUGGUUCAACCAUUUUAUUGCUGAUUAUUUUAUUGGUUAUUGAUGAACCAACCGACCAACUAACUAACUAACCAACCAUUGAACCAUGAAUGUUGGCAUUCAUGUUAAACCUUCAGAAAUGAGUGACAACAAAACAAAAAUAUAACAAAACAAAAAACAAAAACUGUAACAAAAAGUAAAAAGUGAUUGUUCACAAAAUACAAACACUUUUUUUUAAUGGGUUUUCUUUUUUCUUUUCCUUUUUUUUCUCCUAUUUUUAACACAUUUACCUCUUUCUAUUUUAAAUCUUGGACUGCUGGCUAGCUGACUAUCUCUCUGCCUUAAACUCCAAUGAUUUCAAAAUUAAAAAUUAUUUAAGCGUUAAAAUUGUUUGUUUACUAAAGUGUUUUAAUAGGGACAUCUAACUAUCUUUACUAUUAUUAUUAUUAUUAUUAACUAUUAUUAUUAUUAUUAUUAUUAUUAUUAUUAUUGUUAUUAUUAUUAUUGUUAUUAUUGUUAUUGUUAUUAUAAAGGAAAUAUAAGAAAUUAUAAGUUUCUAUUUCUAAGAAGGUAUUGGUCGUAUUCUGUUUUUUGUUUUCUAUAUCUGUGGAUUUCUAAAUAUAAUACUUUGUUUAUUUAAUCAUCAAUUUCAUAUUGGUUUAGCUUUCUUAUGUCUAAAGGAAUUCUUCAAAAACAGUCAUAAUUGGUUUUUUGGUUUUUUUACACUUCUCUUGCUGGUAGAAAAAGUAUUAUAAUAUAGAAAGAAAGAUGGUAGGUUCAAUUUGACGUCUUGGUUUAUUUCGGGCUAGUAGUUUUCUUUCAUUCUUCAAAACAGCAUUUUUUUUUCCUUAAUAAAUGGUGCUCUGUAAAACAAACAAAAACGUAAUGAUAAUAAUAAUGAUAAUAAUAAAAAUGAUGGUAAUAACUUUCAAGCAUUCAAAGAUGGUUUAUGUUAAUACCACUGACAAGAUAAUUACCUUCAAAAUCAUCUUGGUGCUUUCAUAAUCAGUUUUAAGAACUCACAUGUCGACUGUGUAUAAAUAUAUAGUACUAUAUUGAAAACAAACAAAAAAAAAAAAGAAAACAUAAGAUUACUAUUUCCCUGAGAUGUUGCUACAAAAAAUACAUAAAUAUUCAUGUU